GCUUUCUAAUCAAGAUGGCGGCGGUGUGUGUGUAUCCCAUGUGUGUCCGGAUGAGCCGGGGCCUCCUGAGGCUGAGGGGUGAAGCCUCGGCUUUUACAGCGGCGGCUUUAGCGAGGAGACUCUCUGCUGAACCGGGAAGAGGUAACGAGAGCGGCGCCACAGAGGGACUGGCUCAGGCUGUUCUCCACAAGAGGCUGCAGCAGCAGCAGGAGCAGCAGCAGGGGGCUCAGGGUCGGCCUUCUCCUGUCGGGGAGGGAAACUCUGAUCAGAAAGAUGAUCAAAGUGAGGACAAGAAGCAGAAAGAGAACACGGCGUAUGCAAAGAAAGUGGUGCUCCGCUUGGCCGGGCUGAUGGGACUUGGCGGCGCAGUCGGCGUGGUCUAUAUCUUCGGUAGCAACGCGGUAGAUGAACACGGAAAUAAGAUAGCAGAUGAGUUUGAUAAUGAUGGACCCAUUAUCCAGCAGCUCAGAAGAACAUUCAAAUAUUUCAAAGAUUACAGACAGAUGAUCAUCGAGCCUACAAGUCCGAAGCUUCUCCCCGACCCGCUGAAGGAGCCGUAUUACCAGCCUCCAUACACGCUGGUGCUGGAGCUCACUGACGUCCUCCUUCAUCCUGAAUGGUCGUUGGCCACAGGCUGGCGUUUUAAGAAGCGGCCAGGUAUCGACUAUCUGUUCCAACAGCUAGCGCCGCUUUAUGAGAUCAUCAUCUUCACGUCAGAAACUGGCAUGACGGCGUUCCCGCUGAUUGACAGCAUAGACCCACAGGGCUUCGUUAUGUACCGUCUCUUCCGGGAUGCCACACGCUACAUGGAGGGCCAUCACAUCAAGGAUGUGUCUUGUCUGAACAGAGACACCUCGAAAGUAAUUAUAGUGGACUGCAAGCGAGAGGCCUUCAGCUUGCAGCCCUUCAAUGGCAUGGCGCUGCGCAAGUGGGAUGGCAACUCGGAGGACCGCACACUCUAUGACUUAGCUGCCUUUCUUAAAACAAUUGCGAUGAGCGGUGUGGAGGAUGUGCGUACUGUCCUGGAAAACUACGCCCAUGAGGAAGACCCCAUUGAGGCCUUUAAAAGGAGACAAGCACAGCUCGCACUGGAGGAGGAGCAGAGGCUGGCGGAUAUUUCUCAGCACAAGAAGCAGGGAUUAUCUUUAGGUUCCAUUGCAGGCCGGUUCUGGUCCCGCAAGCAGCAAUGAAAGUUGUCCUCGCUGAAGGCUGGCAGUUCCGGGCCACUCUGGGCAGUGACGGGUCAGUGGGGCAAAGCCACGGUCACUGAGCAGGUAGUACCCUUGGCUGCAUGGGAGGGAGAAUAAUUGGGGGGGGGACCCAAAACAUCCAGUUCCUUCCACUGAACACUUCCUGCCAUGGUGUGAGAGAGGAGUCAGGAACUCCAAAAGACUUUGAGUACCUGUGUGCUGGUGAAGGCGUUCUCUGGACUGAACCCAGCCUACAGCACGCCUUUCUCUGAUCCCAGUCGUUGUGUUUGUGUCUACAAAUUCGUUCCAAAGGUCUGUAUACCUGGACCAAUUUUUCUCUACUCCUCCUUAGCUCAUUUUGUCCUUUCUACUCAUGCAGAGGAAAAAAAAAAAGCCAUCAUCAGCCACAUCUUGUACUGGACACAAUCAGUGCUCACUAGAUGAUGCAAUUUAGACCCUGUUUAGUGCGAUAUCUAUCUGGAGCACUAAUGGAGUGUGGCCACAUACGUGUGUACUGGAGUUGUGUACUCUUGCUGCUGUAAGGACCGCAUCUGUGUAACAGUAUGUCAGAUUGUAGUUCAUAUUAAGUGACGUCACAUUUCAUGAUGCCAUUGACAGGUUGCCAUUUCUGUUUGUAACUGCAGUGGUACACUACAUCGAAUGUGCUUGUGUAACACAUUUAAUGUGAACUGCUUACAUGACCUUCAAUAAACAAAAUCUUUGACUUUCUAUAA